UCUCUAUUGUCCGAUUCCAACUUUAGUCUUUCCUUACCAAACUAUCUACACUCAUUUACUUCCAUCACAAUGAAGACUGCCUACAUCACUGCCCUCGCGGCCCUUGCCGCCUCCGUUGUGGCUGCUCCCACCAGGAUCACCCAGGACCUCGAGACCGUUACCCAGUCUCUUGACCUCCCCAUCGCCAGUGCUAGCGCCACCAUCAGCAGCGUCGCCAGCAAGGCCACCACCGGUGCCAGCGGACAGCUUCUGCAUGACGUUGGCUCUCAGGUCAAGGACGUCCUUGAGGUCACUGGCCCCAACGCCAAACGCCUCCUCAUUCAGCUCAGCCCUGAGGUUGCCGGUCUCCUUGCGCAGCUCGGCCUCCCUGCUGUCGGCACCCCCGUCGGCACCAUCGUCGCCAGCGCCAGCUCUGUCGGUGACCUCGUCAAGAACCUCGGCCGUCCCGUUGAGGGUCUCCUCACAGUUGUCGGCGAGGGCGGCGAAUAUCUCCUUAUCCAGCUUGCCCCCAGCCUCACUGGCCUCCUCUCUGGCCUCGGCCUCCCCGGUGUCGGUGUUCCCGUCGGCUCUGUCGUCGCCACUGUCGGCCAGAACCUCAAGCGUGACGGCAUGGUCGUUGGCGACAACAUCCCCAAGGUCCAGGACAUCCUCGAGGUCACCGGUACCGAUGCUCAGCGUCUCUUGAUCCAGCUGAGCCCUGAGGUCGCCUCUCUCGUCUCCGGCCUUAACCUCCCUACCGUGGGUGAGCCCAUUGGUGAGGUCGUUGAGGAAGCCAGCUCUAUCGGUGAACUCGUCAACCACACCGGUGCCCCCACUGACGAGCUCCUUACUGUCGUUGGCUCAGACGGCAAGGCUCUUCUCAUCAAGCUCGCCCCCUCCGUUGCCCACCUCCUGGGCGGUCUCGGCCUCUCCAGCGUCGGUUCUUCCGUUGGCAGCAUUAUUGCUACCCUCGGCAACAACCUCUAAGAAGCUUCUCUUAUGAGCCGUAUGUCUUUGCGCCUCGCACCGUUUCAGCCUCGCUCAAGGUUGCGCCUGUGAGCACUCUACCACUAUUACCACCACCACUACUUCCAUCAAUGAUGUUCCUUUGUUGAAUUCGGAGUCAUUAGCGGCGGGGA